AUGUCAUUAGAUGCUAUUAAAUUUGACAAGACAGAUCCCCGCAAAGCUUCUGUGAACGUAUUGGAUCAGUUGUUACUUCCAUAUGUUACCAAAUAUAUAUCCAUUCACACUAUUGAUGAUGGUUAUCGAGUAAUUAAAACCAUGCAGGUCAGAGGGGCACCUGCCAUUGCAAUUGUUGGAUCACUGUCGAUAUUGAUGGAAGUUCAAUUGAUUCAAACAGAAUCUUACUCUAAGAGUCAAUGGUUUUAUGAUUUGUCCAAUUGGGAGGGCGUUCGCACUAGACUCUUGGAAAGGUUAGAAUAUCUGUUAAGUAGUAGACCUACAGCUGUUAAUUUGUUCAAUUCGAUAAAAAAUAUCCGUAUCGUUCUUUCCAAGGCAGAUAAUUUGAAGGAUUUGGGUACCAAACUAUUCGAUUACGUGUGCAACUUAAUGAACGAAGACCUGACAAAUAAUGUCAAAAUGGGUGAUAAUGGUGCCAAACAUUUGUUGAACAGUUUGAUGGAGGAAAAUUUUAACGAGAAUUUCGCCGUUUUGACAAUUUGUAAUACGGGUUCUUUAGCAACAUCCGGUUAUGGUACGGCGCUAGGUGUUAUUCGUUCGCUAUGGAAAGAUGCACAAUCGAAAACGGUUGACAAAGUACUAUAUAAAAAAUUGAAAUUAUGCGAUUCGAAAGCAAAGAUGACUCAUGUUUUCCCACUUGAAACAAGGCCUUACAAUCAAGGAUCACGUUUGACCGCUUAUGAGCUGGUUCACGACUUGAUUCCAGCAACAUUAAUUACCGAUAGUUCAAUUGCUUAUAGAAUUCAAACAAGUGAAAUUCCUGUAAAAGCUGCAUUCGUCGGAGCCGAUAGAAUAGUACGUAAUGGUGAUACUGCAAAUAAGAUUGGUACCUAUCAAUUGGCGAUCGUUUGUAAACAGUUUGGUAUUAAAUUUUUUGUUGUCGCACCGAAGACAACUAUUGAUAACGUUACGGAAAAUGGCAAUGGCAUCAUUGUAGAGCAAAGAAAUCCAAACGAAUUUAGAUUGGUAAGCGGGACUGUUAUUGAUCCAAGAACGGAAUUGCCGAUGUUAGAUUCAAUUACAAAAGAACCAAUACAAGGGAAAGUUGGUAUUGCACCGCCAAGCGUUCAAGUUUGGAAUCCUUCCUUUGAUGUGACACCACAUGAAUUAAUCGAUGGUAUCAUCACUGAAGAUGGUGUCUUUACGAAAGAUGCCACCGGAAAUUUUAAUUUAGAUAAGCUGUUUGAAUAA